GUGCUUCCUUCUGGCUGUAUCAUACAUUUCGAUUUUGGGUUUUUAAUGGGUUCAGGGUAUAAAAAAUAUAGGGGAAUAUAUAUUUCAAAUUUUAAGUCUACAGACGAAUGGGGUUCUAACGAUCCAGCUCGUCGUCCAGAUCAAUAUAUUUCCUUCAUUUCCAUAUCUUGGCACACUUGCAACAAAUUGUGUGACAAAAUCAAAGCAUACGCUGUACAUAAGGGCAUAAUUUGAAAAUCAUGAGCAGUCAUUGACACGUGGAUCAAUAUUGGACACUUGUCGGAGACACAGCAAUGCGGAGGCAUCACAGCUCGAAGUGUCUGUGUCCACUUCAGCUCAAUGCCAAAGCCAGGCGGCAUUGAUACGAGCAGCCACAGAACUAGGUCUAGGGGCCAUUGUUUGGGUUAUGCACAGCCGAGCCGAACCGACCUUGGCAGGCACAGAUAGAUGACAAAAGAGGUGGGCAUACAAAUGCUUACAUAUCUAUAUUUAAAAAUCUAGGUAAAUUGGCAGACCGCAGUUGAAAGUGGACAAGCCGAAAGGCGUAACGAUUUAUUUGCAAAAAGUCGCUGGGCUGGAGGAGACGACGACAACAUCGACAAAAUGUCGCUGCAAUUGCAAAUUGAGAAGCUCAAAGGUCUGGACAAUUACAAAGCGUGGUCGAUGACAGUGCGCGCCUAUCUGGAGUCCGAGGAUCUGUGGUGCGUUGUCGAGAAUGGACCCGAGAAUAACGAAGAGUCCCUGCUGAAGGAUAAGCGUGCCAAGUUCCUGAUACUCUGUCUGAUUGAAACGAAGCUGUGCCAGUUUAUGGUCAGCAUACGCACCGCCAGGGAUCUAUGGAACUAUCUGCGCACCCAGCAUUCGCUGCGCUGAGGCCAUUUUCCUGCGAAUCAAAAUGGACACCAAUAAAGAACAUUGCAGAAAAUGA